AAAAAAAAUAAAAAUUAAAGUUGUAAAAAAAUAAUAAUUAAUUUCGCAUAGCUUUUGAAAUUAAAAGCCAUUUAAGUUUGUAUCAUUUUUCACACAGAGGAUAAUCAAUAGAUUGAGUCUAUUUUAACUGAAAAUUCUGUACUUAUAUUUUAGCUAUAAUGGGCACCGUUUUAAGCUUCAAUCCACGCGAUAGACAUCCAGUAUAUUCAUCCCAGCCCAAUUUUCCGUAUAACCAAUCCACGGAUAUUCAAAAUCAGAAAACAAUAGAUAAUUCUGCAUCAAUCGACUCUCAGUUAAAUAAUUUUUCGUACGAACAGUUAAAUAACGCUAAAAAUCGAGAAAAUAGAAAAGCUCUUUCACAUCAGUUAUCAAGGAAUGGCUCUGGACAUCAAAAUACUUGCGGAAGCUUACAAUUUAAUAUGCACACACAGAUAAAUUCGCACAACUUUAACAACCUGACAUAUUCAUCGAAAGAUACAAUUAACAAUGACUUGGAUGCUCAUAACGAAAAUUCAACUAUUAUAUCAGAAAAGAGUUCAAUUGAAAAAAGCUUAAAGAAACAUUCACUCUUUAUAAAUGCCCUAUCUUGGAAAAAAUUAUCUACAUCUCAUAAUAAAAAAAAAGUUGAAAAUAAAAAUAAAUGUGCAAAUUUACCCUCUACAUGCUUUAAGGCUCAGCUUUUAGAAGCAUCGUAUUCGUCUUCAUCGGAUAAAAAUAAAAAUAUACAGCUCCACUGUAAUCACAUUGAAGAGCAUCAGCAUCAACAUCAUUGUAAUCAAAGUCAGAUCAUUCAGGAGCUUCCAUUUUUCACAUCAACUAAAACGCAAAAGCUAUCAACAGCGAAAGAACUGGGCAGAGUUAAUAAUACAAAUUCUAUAACAAAUCACAAUAAAUUAAUUCAAAAGCAACCUUUAGCUCUAACUCGGCCUCAGCAGUUGCAGAUAUCAUCAAUUCAAAUUAAAAACACCAAUCAGAAUUUUAUUCCACGUAAAACUGUUAUUCAGGCAUCGACUUCUGAACUUUUGAAAUGUCUGGGUCUUUUUCUACAUUUCCGGUGCCAUAGAUUAAACAAUUUUGAUCCUGGGGACGCUGUUAUGUGGCUGAGAGCAGUCGAUCGAAGUUUGUUACUGCAAGGCUGGCAGGACGUAGCAUUCAUCAAUCCAGCAAAUGUUGUAUUUGUAUACAUGUUAGUACGCGAACUUGUUAACGGAGAAGAAACAAAGGAAUCAGAUCUUCAAGCAUCUGUGCUUACCUGUUUGUAUUUAUCUUAUUCAUACAUGGGUAAUGAAAUUAGCUAUCCACUUAAACCAUUUCUUGUUGAGGAUUCGAAAGAACAUUUUUGGGACAGAUGUUUAUUCAUUGUAAACAGACUAAGUAAUAAAAUGUUGAAAAUAAAUGCAGAACCAGCAUUCUUCACGGAAGUUUUCACUGAGCUGAAAUCGUGCGGACAAUUUCAACCCAAUUCAAUAAAAAUUUCACCCUGCGGAGGAACCUGACGGAAACAUGAGCAAUACGUUGUAGUCCGACUUUCAUUGUCUACUUGCCAGCAAACUUAUCAAGAUAAAAUAGAAGGCAUAGGCUGCGGUAAAUAAAUAAAACAUUGAUAGUACAUUACAAAAUUCUUUUGUCACCAUCACACUUGUUCAAAUAAAAAUGUA